AGUGCCACAAGUAAUAAAGGGGUACAUAUGUACCAUCACGUGGAAAACCCUGUUUUAGAACAAUUCUCCUCCCCAAUGACAGGAGAGACUUGGAACAUUUUGGCACCGGAGGAUUUCACAUGGGAAAAAACUGUAUGAACUGGCUCUUCUCUUCUCAGUCCUGGCAAAAACCUGGAUGCUUUAACAAUAAGACCUUUGAAAGAGAUAAGUGAUUAAGACUCCAGGGACAUCAAACUUGACAGUUCACCCCACUUUUUCAGCUUGGAAAAAGGGGGAUACAUGACCACUAAAGUGGACAUCUCUGACCUUUCAAAUAUAGAUUACCAAGGCCAUUGUAAUGGCCAUUUUUCCAAAAGGUUAAGCCAACCUGAUGGUGACAUGCUUAUCACAGAGAUUACUAUUCUUGCUACCUAUUGUGUAUGUUUAAAGGUAAUCCUUCAAAAAUGAUGAGUGAUCAUUCACUUAUCAUAUCUGAUAAUCAUGUGGAUCAUUCUGGAUAUAUAACCAUGAAAACUCAGGAAAUAGAAGAAGUUGUUCUUGAUUCCAAUCAUGUGAAUCAAUUAUUUUUUCACGAUGCAGUAGGAGUUUCAAAUGAAUUAAUAGUGGAACAAAAUGUUGAAACUGGUAAUGAAGAUCCACAUGCAGAAAUAAUACUUGUACCUAACACAAUGAUAAAGCAGGAAGAUAUAAUUGAAGGAGGAGAAGUUGUAGUAGGUUCUAAUGUAGAGAAUGAAGUAGUGAUUGAUGAUCAUAUAGAUUCUCAGUUAGAUGUAGAUCAUUUUGUAAUAGGCUCUUCAAUAGAUAUAUGUUCUGAUCAAAUGGAUGAUACUAGUUUUGAAGAUACAAAACUUAUCAUAGAUACAGCACAGUAUGGUUUAGAAGAUCCUUGUAUUGCUUAUGACUGUGGUGAAUGUGGAAUUGUAUUAAAAAAUAGAGCAUCUCUGAAAAAACAUAUUAAAAGCCAGCAUGCCAAAUUUCAGAAAAAUAAAUCGAAGAAAACUAGUUCAAAAGAAAAAUAUGUAACUAAUAAGCGUUAUAAUUGCCCUUCAUGUACAUACUCAUCUCAGAGGAGAGAUAAACUAGAUAAGCAUAUGGAAAAGCAUGUAUUACUUGAUGGUGUGCACCCUUGUGGGAAAAGACGGCAUAAACCUGAAGCUCUUCCUCAGCGCCAUAGACAUAAUGCUGAAGAAUAUAGGUGUUCAUUGUGUCCUUAUUCUUGUACUGUUUACAAAGCUCUGAAAAAACACCAGAAGGUCCAUGUUUCAGGAAAUGAAACUUUCACUCUCAAGUUAAGUUGUAAGAUUUGUGGUAAAGAUCGUGCUACUGAAGGUGAGAUGCAAAAACACAUGAAAAAACAUCGGAAUGAUGAACAUUUCCUUUGCGAUCUAUGCAAUUUUUCUAGUGUCCAAUUAAAAAAGAUUAUUCAGCAUCGUAGAAUGCACACAGGUGAAAAACCUCAUCUGUGUCCUCACUGUAGUUAUCGAUCUGCUCGUAGAGAUAAUCUACGAUCUCAUGUCCGUAGAAUGCAUAAAAGAGAAAAUAUGUACAUUGAUACAUUUAAUCCAAAUGAAGAAACUCCAUUAUAUUUAACAUACUAAUUUAGAUCUAGAUAUCAACAAAGAACAACAUGCUGUCUUCAUUUGCUGCUAACAGUUAGCUGAUAAUACCACAACUGUAUGUAAUUGCAGCUGCAAUAAAUUAACUGCUUUUAAGUAAAUUAAAUAUUAGAUAUUUAAAAUUUAA